CCCUUUUUUUCUCGAUCAUCAAAAGGCCUGACUUCCCGCUCGCUGGCAGAUACUCUGUCGAUCGAUCUUCUCCCGCCAUCUCGCCCAUCUACUUUCCCCCUCCCCAGAUAUCCAGCCGCAAAUGAGCUCCCAGCCCCUCCUCAAGGCGUCAGGAUCAAGCGCACCUCCCUCGGUCACCCAAGACUACGGUUCCGCCAAUGUCGCCGUCCAGAUCCAAGAAGAAAGCCAGACCAUCACCAGCAGCAAAGCCCCCAGCGUCUCCAGCUUCGAUAGCCACAUCGAGCCCCACUUUGAGGGUGCUGAGGUCCUUCGAGAUAUCAUUGUCGGACUCUCGGAUGGCCUGACGGUCCCCUUUGCCCUGGCUGCCGGCCUGGCCGCCCUCGGAAACUCCCGGCUCGUCGUCCUGGCAGGCAUGGCGGAAAUCGUUGCCGGCGCCAUUUCCAUGGGCCUUGGUGGAUGGCUCGCUGGCCGGUCCGAGAUUGAGCACUACGACGCCGAGCGCAAACGCGAGCAGUUUGAAGUCAAGGAGCUCCCCGAUCACGAGGAGGCUGAGAUCGUUGAGAUCUUUGAGCCCUACGGCCUGAGUAAGGAAGCCCUGCAGCCCCUGCUGGAUGGCCUCAAGGCCGACCCCGAAAAAUGGGUCGACUUUAUGAUGAAGUUUGAGCUCUGCCUGGAGAAGCCUGACCCCAGCCGAACCUGGAUUUCGGCCCUGACCAUUGGAUCGUCCUACUUUAUCGGCGGCCUGGUUCCUCUGAUUCCGUACAUCUUGAUUGCCGACUCUCAGACGGCUCUGCUGGUGUCGGUGGCCUUUACCAUCUUUGUUCUGCUCGUCUUUGGAUACGCCAAGGCCCGGAUCCUUGGAACAGCCAAACCACUUGUGAGCGCCCUUCAAACGGCAUUCAUCGGCGCCCUGGCCUCAGGCGCUGCUUUCGGAGUUGCCAAAGUGAUUCCGCAGCCCGAGGCAGGGUUCUUCUAGACGCCAUCACCCACCGGACCCAAGCAGAUAUCGCUCGGGCUCUGCCAUUCAUGGGGCCCAAUUCCUCCUCGGCACUGUCGCAACAGCAAUCGUGGCAAUCAGACCCCGAAGAGAGCACGGCCGGAAGCGCCCUGCGUGUGCAAAACCAAUUCUGUCGUGAAUGCGUGGCCCUCGAUGUAUCACUCGGCCAUUUCUCUCAACUCGGCAUAUGCAUCGCUGUACACUUUUUGCUGUUAUUUUUGUUGUUAUUGUUGUUGUUAUUGUUGUUGUUGUUAUUGUGAACACGAAUACAGUAUUUUUGAACGACCGA